AUGGGAACCACAGCUGAUGGUUUCAGGCCACUGGGUCUGGAACCACCAGAGAAUUGGGAAAAAGACAACCAAGCCCAACUUCAUAUUGUAUCGCCAAUGAGCUACACCGAGGAAACCAAUGGCUUCAAGAUUAUUUCUCCGACCUCCGAUCUAUCAAAUCCUUCUGAUGUCUGGAGAAUGAACCAACCAGUUAUGGUUCAUCAUGACAUUAAUGCUGGAAACAACAACUACAAUUCACAUGAUGUUUUUGGGGAUAAAGAAAAUGUCUUCACUACUCGUAAGCCACUCAUGAAUAAGGAAAAUAUGAGAUUCGAAUCAACAAAAUAUAACAAGGAAAAGAAGGGCCAUCAUCACCGAAUUGAUAGCCUUACCAAAGUGUUCGGUUGCUUUGAUGAAAACAUCAAGAUGAGUUCAAUCAAGAGGCAGCGAGAGCAAGAGAGAAGAAGGCAGCCUCAGCGACGGCACUUAGUCGAAAUAUAA